AUGGAUUCCAAAAUACCGAAACCUUCGUUUCUUAAGAAACCGACGGGUCCUCUCAGCCUACCCGGCAAUGCACGGUUACCGUUGAGCAGAGAUUUGCUAAAUCUGCCACCCAUGGGUAACAAUUCGACAAUGUUGGCCGUAAAAAUGCGAACUUCACCGGAGCCGCGGCGGCCCAACCAAGCCGCUGGCUUUAACCGUGCCAAACUACGUCGCAGCCGGUCAGCGACGGAAUUGAACCGGAUCGACUUCCAUCGUCCCAAGUAUGUGUCGGCGCUUAGCACAAUCCCAUCGAAGUCGGGCAACAUCACGGCUGCGACGGUGGCAAUGAUGACGAACAGUGAGCUGGUGCGUCCUGUAAGUGCCAACACCGGUCUAGGAAGAGGCGCAGGUGGUGGCGGAGGUGGUGGUGGAGGUGGCGGAUUAAUGCGAAGAAGUCGUUCGGCGUGUGACAUCACCAGAAGACCGAACGAAUCAACUGCCUCUUCAGCAACAACCACAUCGUCGGUCAGCUCAACAACUGGCCUGAAACGUCAACCAACGUCGGCCAAUGGUAGCUCCGGUGUUCCUGCGAAGAUGACGAAGAUGGGCAUGAUUCCACCAUCGCGUGUCGGUUUGACCAAAACUCCCUGUAAUAAGAAUGUAAAGCCUCCUUCGAACGCUCCAGCAGUCACCACUUUGCGCAAGGCUGCCCCCAUCACCAAGGCAACCAACGCACCCGUUAGGCGAGAAAUCGGCGCCGGAAGUUCGAAGGUGGUUCCGGUAACAAAUGGUCCGAAAGCAAGCGGCGCGGCUCCUAAGGGGCCCAGUAAGACGAUGACCAAACGGAUUCCGCCCUACGACUACAAGGCCCGAUUUGCCAACCUGCAAGAGAAACAUAAGGUUCUGUUGGAGAAGUACGAGAAACUUCACGAAGAGCAUGCCAGUCGCGAGCAGAUACAGGAGCUAUACGACGAUUGUAGCCGUGAGUUGGACGACUUGAAGCAGCAGCAUGAAGAGCUGCAACUGGAUCUGCAAACGGUUCGAGAGGAACGGGACACGCUGGAUCAAGCGAACCAGGAGCUCACUACGUCGCUUCAGCAAACGGAAGCGGAACUAAAACAAUACCGGGACAGGUUUGCUGCCACCAACAGCGAGCUGGUCGAAGCGAAGCGACUGCUGAAGGAGCUCGAGGAUAAGGCCAACUUCCUGGAGGAAGAGAAUUUUACCCUGCAGGAAACGAACCAGCGAAACGCGGAGCUGCUGUUUCAUGCGAACAUCGAGCGCAAAGACCUGCACAACAUGGUAAUGGAUUUGCGGGGCAAUAUUCGCGUGUUUUGUCGUGUGCGGCCACCACUGCCAUCGGAAGCGCAUCGGCUGGAGUGCUGCUGGAAAUUUCUCGACGAGCAGUCGAUCGAGCUGGUGGCCAUGGACAGUAGCAAUAAGCGGUACGAGUUCAGCUUCGAUCACGUGUUUCACUCGCGCACCCAACAGGAAGACAUCUUCGACAACGUUUCGCCCCUCGUCCAGUCCGCCCUGGACGGGUACAAUGUGUGUAUCUUUGCGUACGGCCAAACAGGCAGCGGCAAAACCUACACCAUGGACGGGGUACCGGACAGCAUGGGCGUUAUCCCCCGGACGAUCGAUCUGAUCUUUAACGCCGUCGCCGACUACAGACGCUUCGGAUGGGAGUACGAGAUACGCGUCAAUUUCCUGGAGAUCUACAACGAGAUACUGUACGAUUUGCUCGACACGACCGGCAUGACGAAGGAGCUGGAGAUCAAGAUGGCGAGCGCCAAGAGUAAAACCGAGGUGUACGUGUCGAACAUUAUCGAGGAGACGGUCACGUCACCGGGCCGGCUCCAUCAGCUGAUGAACAUUGCCAAGAUGAACCGCGCGACGGCAGCCACGGCCGGUAACGAGCGUUCCUCGCGAUCGCACGCCGUCACGAAGAUCACGCUGAUCGGCACGCACCCGGUGAAGGGGGAAACGUGUGUCGGGUCGGUGAAUUUGGUCGAUUUGGCCGGCUCGGAAAGCCCGAAAACGAGCACGCGGAUGGACGAGACGAAAAACAUUAACCGCUCGCUGAGCGAACUGAGCAACGUGAUUCUGGCGCUUGUCCAGCGCAACGAACACGUGCCGUACCGUAACUCGAAGUUGACCCACCUGUUGAUGCCCAGCUUGGGAGGUAACUCGAAGACGCUCAUGUUUGUCAACGUCGCACCGUUUCAGGAUUGCCUGACGGAGACGGUGAAAUCGUUGCGUUUCGCGUCACAGGUCAACUCCUGCAAGAUGCAAAAGGUACGCAAAAAUAAGAUGCUCAACAGCGCCUAA